AAAUAACCACACUGGCGCAGAAAUUUAAAUUUGUGUGGGGUAACCAUUUUUGUUUGUGAAAAAAAGCAAACAUUUUGUUCAAAUAGUGUACAUUGUUAAAUCACUUUUUGUUUAAAUAAGCAAAACUGAAAAACAAGGACGCUAGUUGUGUGUUUAUGGAAUAAAGUUUGCAUGUGCAUUUAAUUUGGUGUUUACUUAGUUAAAUCACAAUCAUUAAAUAAACAAUGUGAAUUGAAUGAACUUUAAAAUAGGUGAAAAAUGGGGGUUAAUCAAUAAAUACUACAUAUACUGGAGACAUCUGCUUGGCAAAUAUUUACAAAAAGAUCAGAAACGGUAAUAUCUGAAAAUAGAUGACAAAAAGAUACAAAUUAAAAUAAAAAAGAUCACACACAAAAUAAAGCGUAAUUCAAGGUUUGACUGGUAAAAAAAUACAAAAAGACAUACAUCAGAUAAAUGAACCAAAAAAGGGGUAGUUAUAAAAAGCACAGUUUCUACAAAAACUAAAGAUAUUGGUCACUGGAAAAGAAAACAAACACACAAUCUUUUCAAAAAGGUGAACAAUACAACUGUAAAAUAUCCACAUUAUGAGAGAAGCCAUACGCAGAGAAGACAAACUGGCAACAGAUGAAAAUUGAAAUCAGCAAAGUAAGUCCAGCAAAAAAGAUUCAGUCAAUUCAUCAGGAGAUAGAGCUACAAUAGAAACAAAAUACAGCCUCAGUUUGGUUAGAGGAGGACCCACAAAACCAGAGCCUCAGUUUGGUUAGAGGAGGACCCACAAAACCAGAGCCUCAGUUUGGUUAGAGGAGGACCCACAAAACCAGAGCCUCAGUUUGGUUAGAGGAGGACCAACAAAACCAGAGCCUCAGUUUGGUUAGAGGAGGACCAACAAAACCAGAGCCUCCGUUGGGGUUAGAGGAGGACCAACAAAACCAGAGCCCCAGUUUGGUUAGAGGAGAACCAACAAAACCAGAGCCUCAGUUUGGUUAGAGGAGAACCAACAAAACCAGAGUCUCACUUUGGUUAGUGAAGGACCAAAAAAACCAGAGCCUCAGUUUGGUUAGAAGAGAACCAACAAAACCAGAGCCUCAGUUUGGUUAUAGGAGAACCAACAAAACCAGAGCCUCAGUUUGGUUAGAGGAGAACCAACAAAACCAAAGCCCCAGUAUGGUUAGAGGAGGACCAACAAAACCAGAGCCUCAGUUUGGUUAGUGAAGGACCAACAAAACCAGAGCCUCAGUUUGGUUAGAGAAGAACCAACAAAACCAGAGCCUCAGUUUGGUUAGAGGAGGACCAACAAAACCAGAGCCUCUGUUUGGUUAGAGGACCAACAAAACCAAAGCAUCAGUUUGGUUGGAGGAGGACCAACAAAACCAGAGCCUCAGUUUGGUUAGAGGAGGACCAACAAAACUAGAGCCUCAGAUCGUUUAAAUAAGGACCAACAAAACCAGAGCCUCAGUUUGGUUAGAGGACCAACAAAACCACAGCCUCAGUUUGGCAACAGAUGAACCAAUCAGAAUGAAUGAGCUUCAGCGUAGCGUGCUGCAGAAGCACACCAUGGACCUGGUCCGAGACAUGAUUGUGACGGAGCACCUGACUGGUUUGAUGUUCUCCAAGGGAAUUUUCGAAGCAGAAAUGAUUGAAAUGAUAAAGGCUGGCAGUACACACAGUGAGAAGGCUCACAAACUGUUGGAGCUGCUACCCAAGAGGGGCCCGGAUGCCUUUGAACUGUUCCUGGAUAUACUACAUGACCUCUACCCAUGGCUGGAGAAACUGCUCCAAGAUUCACUGACAUCAGAGUCAGAAAGGAUCCUUGCUUGUCAGUUGGUGAAAGAAGACUCCAAGACAGAUCUGUUACAAACACCGAGAACCAUCUCUGCAACCGCAAAAACAGAUGAGGACAUUAAGAUUCGUGUCAGUGCAUUUGUCCAGAAGCAGUUUGGACAGAUUCGAAGGAUUUCAAACAGCGACAAGAAAGCCAUAGAGGUCCACAUGAGUCGUUGGUUACACCAGGAGAGGAAACGGCUCAACAAGCUGGUGGAUGAUGAAAUCACAGAGAGCAAGCAAGGAAGCAUCCUGCAUCAUAAAGAUGUAAAGCAACAUAUUCACACCCUUCACUGCCUCAUACGCAACAAGCACUUGAAAAAACUGCCAUGGAUGAAACACGCCUUCAGAGAGGAGGGGCAGAAAAUAGAAAGGGAGGGUACUCAUGUAGAAGUGCAUGAAGUUGAGGUGACACUGGAUGAAGUGACUUUUGACCAUCUUAGAAAAGACAUCAACGAAAUUCUCCACAAGAUGGACUACAUGCAAGGGCAGAUCAGUCGCAGCUAUGAUUACAUCGAUGGGAAUCGGGGAACCAAGAAAGCCGAUAAGGAUAUCAGCGUGUUGGUGCAUGAAUUAUGUGGGGAGUAUAGGUAUAAAGAGAAGGAACUUGUAAACGAGAGACAGAAAAUCGAGAAAAUGCUGGUGGAGCUGUAUAACUUUUCUGCGAAAUCCAAUAAGUUACAGAAUGUUAUAAGUGGACAGGAGCAUGAGAUAAAUGCUCUAAAGGAGCAUAUCAGUAACUUGAAUAACCAGAACAAUGCCCUUGUGAAAGAGAUUGCUGUGCUGGAGCAAGCACAAAAGGUUCAUCGAGAGAAGGAAAAGACGCUGGCUGAACUAAAACAAGCAAAAAAUGACCUUCAUACGAUGAUAGAGGUCGUGAACAAAGAAAACAAGGAGCUUAAGGAGCUCAUGGAAAAAAAGGGGCUGAACAGGAAUGGGUCUCCUAGACGGGCUCUUAACAACAUCAGCAGUAAUAAUUCUAGAUUUUCACCUAGGAAGCAAGCACCAAAACGGAAGUCAAAUAGUUUCCGUACCUGAAAAACUUUGCAGACAUAAAGUAGUGGUUUUGUGGUAAAAUGUUGUGUGGAGUCAAGAUAACUAAGAUGGCCCAAGCCAUGCUGUUGAAAUACUCCAAAUUUAUUUGUAUGGCAUUAUAACCUUGCUUCAAAUAUAAAUGAUAUUCGAUACAGAUAUUGCACAUCUGUUUAAAUGAUUUAUUACGAGUUGCAAAGAAAAUUGUAAUUGGAUGUUACCAGCAGGAAAUAUGAGAAAGCACAAUGACAAACAUAAGAAUAGAAUUUAAAAUUGAAACAAGAUUAGGUAUUUUGCUGCUAUGCAUUUCUAAUAUUUUAUUACAUGGGUGUGUACAAUAAACCGGUGGCCCAGAACAGGCCAGGCGUCAUUUUGACUUGUUUGACUAAACAGGUCUACAAGGAAAAGAAAAUGAGAAAAUUAUAGUUGAACAAGACUUCUAUAUAUAAAAGUCUUAACUACUGGGGUUGAAUAUCAGACUGUGAGAAGGCACUUGGCAUUUGUAAAAUUUAUUAAAGAAUAAGCCUUAAAAAAAGAAUUAAUUUAGUUGAAUCAUGCAUUUUUUCGCUUAAACUGAUUUCCAUUCUAAUAAUGUAUUUUUUCAAAAAUGAGGACAAUAAUUAAAAAAGGCCUUGUAGCGUGAUAAAGUUCCAUUAAUAUCAAUCGGGAAAGUUCAAUCUAUAUUCUCUUAUUGUCAAAAUCUGUUUGUUUUUUUUAUUUUUAUUCUAGAUUCCAUCAUUCAACACCUGAUUAGUAUACAUUUAUAUAUAAGGAUUUUAAAUUGUAUUUUAUUGAUAAUAUAGAAAUAUAUUGAAAAAUACAUUUUUUCUCUACUACUUCUUGCCAAAUUAUUACUUCCAUCUUUACUUCUGCACCUUUCAAUUACCAGUGAUGCAUAAUUUUAUAAUUAUAGUAAAACAAUAAAAAGAUAGUUGUUGAAAUAAUGUAACACAAGCCACUAUUAAUAUAUUAUUAUUUAAAAUAAAGAAUUGAAACUCCAGCUGCUGGAACAGUAUUGCAUUCUCAUUAUAUACAAUUAGUUGGUCCUUUAUUUAAGGCAAGUGACCAAUUGCCAAGACAGUACAAAACAUCACAAUACCGAACAACAUAAACACAUAUAAGAAUAAAGCUGGGGUCACUGCCUUGGAAAGGUCAAUGCAAAUCAUUAGGGGUUUGAACUGGUUUUAGAGCGCUCAACCUAACACUUGGCCCAGCAAUAUUCAUGAUACACAUAAGUGUAAAUAAAAUUUAACCUCAUAGCAUUGCAACUCAAAUUAAACAAUAAUAAAAGGGAAUUAAAACGCAUUCAAUUUAAUUACCAUUUA